AUGAUCACAAGUGAGCUCAGAGCUCAGCCUCGGGUCAGAACAGAGAACAUGAAGAGCUUUGAGUUUCCAACACAGAUGAGACUGUCUCACACUCGCAUCCUUCAGUUAGACGGCCAUCACCAGUUCCUUUUUAACCACGCUAAAACCGAUGAAGCACUGAAAGCAAAGGAGAGUAUGAAAGAAGCCAAGACAAAGGAGGAAGAGCAAAUGUCUCUCGCCGAGCAGGUGAGGAGGAUAAAGGAUAUCGAGGCCAUUGAGAGCGACUCCUUUGUUCCUCAGGCUUUCAAAUCAUCUCGGGAUGGCACCAAGGUGACUGACCUUUCAGAGAUCAAGAAAGAGGCUAUAAAAGAGGAAGAUGCCCUUCUGCCCACAUCCAUCAUGUACAAUGACAGCAACGCCCUGGCUCACCCUAACCUCUUCAUGGAUAAAGAGGAGGCAGAGAGCGUGUGGUUGAACAGACUGAUCUCUCUGCGUCAGGAGAGGCUCAUGGGGAGUCCAGUGUCCUGAGCAGAUCCAGCUUCAUCAGACCUGUGGACUCGCUGGAGUUCUCUGGGAUUGCAGGAGCUAGUGCGCCACCUGCUGGUUUCUAUGGGAAAUAUGAUUCAGAAUUACAUUUCAGCAUGUGCUUAUUACUCUGAUUCUUUGAUUGUUUAUUUUACUUCAUACUAACUGAUAAUGGUAAUAUUAAGCUUUUAGGAGUGAUUUACACAAAACUUGUCCUUUUUUAGGUUUGAGCAGACAUCCUUCUCAUCAACACGAAUGACAAUUGUAUUUAGUGUGUAUUGGGGCUUUGUUGUUGCUGUUGUUCUUUUUUUCUCCUUUUUCAAAAUAAAUGAUUGUUGUAAAUCUUGGAUUAAACUUUGUAGUC